UUGUACACUCCUAUUUCCACUGUUCCUCCCCCUCGCGCUUCCUCUCUGCUACUCUGUUUUCUGGUGUUUAGCAUUGUUGCAAAAUCAGAGAAGGCCACAGGACCAGAGUUUUCAGGGAGCUGAGCUACAAUGGAAACCCAGUAUGGUGGUAUGGGGUUCAUCCCAGAAAAUUCAAGGAGCAGCCAUGGGCUUGGAAGCCAAUAUCAAGGAAUUCCCCAACUGAGAAUUGUCUUACUUGGAAAAACUGGAGCAGGAAAGAGUUCAACAGGGAACAGCAUCAUUGGGGAGAAAGUGUUCCAUUCUGGCAUCUGUGCAAAAUCCAUUACCAAGGUCUGUGAGAAAAGGGUGAGCACCUGGGAUGGGAAAGAGCUUGUUGUCGUGGAUACACCUGGUAUCUUUGACACUGAGGUACCAGAUGCUGACACACAAAAGGAGAUCACACGCUAUGUUGCCCUGACAUCUCCAGGGCCUCAUGCUCUGCUCCUGGUGAUCCCACUGGGGCGUUAUACUGUGGAAGAACACAGGGCCACACAGAAACUUCUGAGAAUGUUUGGAACAAAGGCUAGAAGAUUCAUGAUUCUCCUGCUCACCAGGAAGGAUGACUUGGAAGAUACCGAUAUCAGUGAGUACUUAGAAACAGCUCCUGAAGUCCUUCGGGAAGUGAUCCGCGAGUUCCAGAAUCGCUACUGUUUGUUCAACAACAGAGCAUCAGGAGCUGAACAGGAAGAACAGAAGACACAACUAUUGACCUUGAUCCAGAGCAUGGUGAGGGAAAAUGGUGGAAGAUGCUUUACUAAUAAGAUGUAUGAAAGUGCUGAGGAUGUAAUUCAGAAACAGACCUGGAAGAAGCAAGAAUUUUACAGACAGGAACUGGAAAGAGAGCGAGCCCGGAUCAAAGGGGAGUACGAAGAAGAGAUUAGAGAUCUGAAAGAUCAACUGGAGAGGGAAAGGAGAAAGGCACGUAUGGAGAGGGAAUUCAAGGAGAAGGAGGCUGACUUUACACAGAGACAACAAAACGCAAGGAGGGAAGUCGAGAACACAAGUAUGAUAGUUGAAUUAAUCAUAAAAGCAUGGGAGAUUGCUUCCUUUAUCAUCAACCACUUUAUGAAAGACUAGACUUAGCCUGUAAGACUAGGCCUUAUCUCUAUUUUCUGCCUUUCCCUUGAUAACCCUGCCCUACAGAGCUCACUCCUCAAUGCCCAAAUGCUCUAGUUUCUGUCUUCCAGGACGAAGGAAUGAAGUAAAGUUUACCAUUGGCAGUUGCUCAAUUGACUUAUCAAGAAACUGACCAUUCUUUAAUCUGUGAAACACCAAAGCAGAACAUAUUACUGCUUGCUACCUUGGGUUCUUCCUCAGUGAAAGCCAACCAGGAGGCCACAGAAACUGAUUGUGAGAUGGACCCACUUCGCCUCUGGAUUCUCAACAGUACUCUUCACCUGCAGCUUCUACACAUGACACUCAUCCUUUAGAUGUUUUAUUAGGAAGUUCAAUUCUUUGCAUGAGGCAAUUUUUAGUCAGAGAUAGAUGGCAUACAGUUCUCAAUGGAUGUCAGGUUUGUUUAAUUCAUUUUCAUGAAUGGCAUCAAGUUGUUCCCCAGCUGCCCUUUGAAGGCAAAGCAGAUCUCACAAGUCAAGUAAUCCAGGAUGAGCACAAGUUAGCAAUUCAACGGGCAAUGCCACAAUGUUUUCUGUCUUCAGGUGUGCCUCCAGAAGCUCUUGCCAACCUUUUAACCAGUUUGAUCAAUAGUCAGCUCUCUCCUUGAGAAAUUAUCUAGUUAUUGCAGCCCUACCCUGAACCAACAUACAUUCAAUCGUGCUGCUUCUGCUUCUGCCCCUGCCCAGCUAAUUUGCUUAUCGCUGUUAUAAUAAACUUUUCUGUUGCCUCAUA